GGGCGAACCAGUCGUCCCACUCCUAAUAUGCUGAGCGCCAAGCAGGAGUAGCAACUACCAUUUUAAAGACUCUCAGGGGUGAACGCUCAACUAAACGCCAUAAGUGAGGCAUUGUCAACGGAGACAUGAGUAAGAAGAAAGUUGGAAAGAAAGAAGAGAAAAGAUAAGAUCCAAAAUUUAGUCGCCUCUUACGAUCAUGCAAUGGGGCAGUAGGUACAAUUCUUACGCCCUACCUGCAGGGCAGAAGGAAAGAGCGAAAGAAGGAGAGUAAAGAGGCAGGGAAAGAGCAUAAGCAUGAGAGGACCGAGAACAGCGACAGGCAAUCUAGCGAGGGAUGGAACGACCACGAAGAAAGCGCGGACGAGUGGAAGCCGUCGAAGGAGGAACGACAGAAGUACGUACAGGAGCGGCGGGAGGAGGAAGUGGAGAGUGAGGAAUCAGAACCCGAGAUGAAUUGUAUGUAAAACUGUUAAAUUUACCUUUCAGUCAUUCUUAUAACAGAAGCAAAUGUUCAUUUUAUCAAUUUUCCAUUUUUGUAUUAAUCAAAUAUAUGAUGCAGUACUUAUUUCUUGUAGGGUUUAAUGAGUGGAACGAAGAAGACGGUCAGAUGGAGGUCCAGGUCAUCAGAGAUCGUCCGGCAGAGGGCGAGCGGGUAAGACAGUGUGAUAGUUUGUAGUGGCUCGGAAUAGAUGUUCUUCUGCAAAGUAGAACGCGUACACAAACAAUAACAUGACGGUUGAUAUAGAUUAUUAUUUUUUUUUCCAGCAAAGGCCCAAGUGCGAGUGCCCGAUGCCGGACUGCGACAAGGUGUUGGAGAAUAUUCCCCGGCACCUUCGUCAGUUCCACAAGAUGACCGCGGUCGAGGCAGCCAACCAGGUAUCCCUCCAGGGGUACCUGAGGACUGGAAGGUUGACAACAAAGCUAUCUUGUGCAGCUCCUCGAACACGAGACUGGAUCUCCAUCUGACAAGGAUCCAUCAGUGACCUUUAUUUUUAACAUCAUUUGUAGUCGACACAGCCGAAACCGGAUCACCGGUCGACGACAGUCAACCAGCACUGCAGCGGCUCACGAGAACGGGAUCCGGACCAUGCUUCCGCAGGGCCUUUCCAAAGCCACCGUCCCUGGCCUGAAGGACAUAGGCGAGGACGGUGGCUUAAUCGAUAACCUGCUCUUAAGUCUGAAGCCAGAGACAGUAAAGAUCUACCUCUGUUCUUUGGGGAAAUUCGUAGAGUUUCUAUCCGUAUCCUUCGACUGGCAGCGCCAGGACCGUUUUACGUAACUUACGGUGUGUCGGAGUGAAAUGCAAUGAUCUUCGAACAUAAGGAAGCUCGGUCGGGGAAGGAAUGCCCGUUGCUGAUAAAGACGUCCUUCGCGGUAGACCUCAAGGCAUACGUGACCAAGGAGGGCUUUGGUCGGGGGUCGAAGCUGGUCUCUACCACCGACCCUGCCCUGCAGACCAUGUCAAAAUGUGUCAAGCACAUGGCCCAUAACCCACGGACUGCGGACAGGUACUAUGACCGCUCUCGGCAGGAGGACGCCAGAGUCGAUGUCUGGAGCAAAAUCAACAGUAUCUAUCAGGAUGGCAAUCAGCCAGCUCCAGACAUCGGUCCGCAGUCCCCUGCUUGUCCAGCACCCUCUGAUAACGACAGCGACGUGAUCGGCCCUUCACCAGUAAAGAAGCCCAGGAGGUAGAUCCUCACCCCAGG